AUGAAGAGUAUAUUGAUUUUACUCUCCGUUAUAGGAAGAAGUAGUCAGCUAACGCUGAGUGACUGUGGGUCAGAAGCAAGACGGCCCCAAGUUACCGACAUAGCUGUGACCUGUGGGACUUCAUCCAUUGGUCUGGCAAUUCAAGUCUGCCCCGUCAUCUACACCGGCUACAAUGACUCUCUGCUAAUCCUGAACCACAUUAUGGAUCCGGCGUGUAGAGCGACCCUUGAUGAAUCCGUAAGUCCACCUGUCGCUCGGUUCAACUUCCCACUAAACAUGACCCACGCCUGUGGAAGCAUAUUCAGGACCACCAGUGCUGCUGGGACCGGUGUUUUCGCUGACUUCUCCAACAUCCAGACAGUCAACAUCAGCGGUGUUGUUCGGUCCAUCGAUCCAACUACAGGCACAAUCACUUACAACGCUGAGCUGAAGUACUAUUACUCAUGCGCCUAUCCCUUAGAGUAUCUGAUCAACAACACCCAGAUCGAUGUGUCGGCCUCCUCCAUAGCUAUAAAGGACAACAACGGGAGUUUCAUCAGCACCUUGAGCAUGGAGCUGUUCAAAGACGCCGAUUUCACCAAACCAAUGGUCAUGCCAUCCCUGGGGAUCGAACUAAGGACCAGCGUGUACGUCGAGGUCAAGGCCACCAACUUGACAGGGCAAUACCACGUCCUGCUCGACCGGUGCUACGCGUCCCUCUCCCCGCUGCCUUCUAACUCCAGCUUCUUCAACCUGUUCGUCCCCUGCUCGAAGGAUCGUUUCACCACCAUGAUCGAGAACGGAGACAGCCAGAGCGCUCGCUUCUUCUUCCCGGCCUUCCGCUUCAUCGAGCAGCAGAACGAGACCGUGUCCACCUAUUACCUCCACUGCAUUACCCGGCUGUGCGAAAAAAGCACUUGUAGUUCAUUCAAGCAGUGCAACAACCGAAGAAAGAGGAACACCCUGGACUCAUCUGCCUCUUUAGCCAAGACUUACACCAUCAGCUCCUCAGAGAUCGUCACCAAAGCCGACACCAACGAGUCAAAAGAGAAGCCCCUUGUCGGUGGACAAGAAGACAACUCUUCUGUCGGGCUCGGUGUGGCCGUUGGCAUCCUUGCCUUUGUUUGCCUUGUUGCCCUUUGUAUUGCCGCUGUGUUUUACAAAAGGCUUAGGAACUAA